AUGCUGUCACACGACGAUGUAGAGAGAGAGAGAGGAGGGUUGGACAAGGAGCGUGGGCAGGGCGAGGGAUGGAUGGGUCGGUGUCGACACAGCUACUCUGGCGCAGGUCACAGUCCAAGCAGGCGCUGUCACGACACCAACGGCAACAGCAACAGCAACAGCAACGGCAACAGCAACAGCAACAGCAACGGCAACAGCAACAGCAACAGCAACGGCAACAGCAACACCAACACCAACACCAACACCAACAGCAACACCAACACCAACACCAACAGCUGA